AUGAGCUCCCACCGCGCCGCCCGGCACGACGGCGCCGAUGCCGAGGGGUCCCCGGCGGCCUUUUGGGCGCCCAAUGGGGCCGUGGCGGCGGGGCCGGGGGGCGACGCCCCGCGCGGGGCCGUGCCCAAGAUGGGGGUCCGCGCCCGCGUCGCCGAGUGGCCCCCACGGAGAGACGCCAACGCCGCCAACGCCGCCAAGGAUUCCGGCGCCGGGCGGGAAGCGCCGGCCAACCGGGACGGCGUCGGCUGCCGGGGCUUUCCCGGCGGGCAGCAACCCCUGGCCGGAGUGUCCGGCUUCAAAGCCCUGCACCGCCUGGCGCGGCGGCGCUCCAAGGACGUGGAGUUCCAGGAGGGGUGGCCGCGCUCGCCGGCGCGGGGCCUGGCGCCGCUGCGGCACCGCAGCAGCAGCGAGGUGACCCUGAGCGAGUGCGACCCCGAGGAGCCGGCGGAGCCGCGCGGCGCCAAACUGGGCGGCCCCUCCGGGCUCUUCCGCGAGUACGGGAGCACCUCGUCCAUCGACGUGCAGGGCAUCUCGGAGCAGAGCUUCUUCGACAUGCUCAACGAGUUCCGCACCAAGAAGCCGGAGCGGCGCGCGGGCACGCCGGAGCGCCUCGCCGACGGCGCCUUCCCGCCGGGGUCGUUGGCCGGGGCGAAGGCGGACGGUCGGAACGGGCCGCGGGAGGAGCCGCCGGCGCAGCCCAAGGACAAGGCGCGGCGCCGCUGCCCCAAGGGCGACGCCGGCGGCACCGGCGAAUCCAUCUUCAGGAAGCUCCGGAGCGCCCGCAACGACGGCGACGGGAAGGACCCGGAGGAGCCGCGGGCGCCGGAGCCGGGCAAGGGCUGGACGUGCCGGAAGAGCUUCGCGCACUACGACGCCCAGAGCAUCCUGUUCGACCUCAACGCCGCCGCCCUGCAGCGCGCCGCCGGCACCCAGCGCCGCAACACCACCACCGGCGCCUCCGCCGCCUCCGCCGGCUCCGACCCCGCCUUCUCCAGCACCGAGGACCUCAACUCCAAGGAGAACCUGGAGCACGACGUCGGCGACAACACCAGCAACGAACUGCUCCUCAGCUGCCCCCACUUCCGCAACGAGAUCGGCGGCGCCGGCGAGCGCGACCUCAGCUUCUCCAAGGCUUCCGCCGGCGCCCCGGCCCUGCCGGGGGCCGAGGGGGCCUUCCCGGAGCCUUUCCACGCCGGGAGACCCACCAACGCCGGCAUCUCGGUGCUGGAGGUGCCCAAGGAGCUGCAGCGGAACCCCGAGCGCCUCAAGCACUACAGCGUGGAGCACGUGGACCUGGGCGCCCGCUACUACCGCGACCACUUCCACGGCAAAGAACAUUCCAACUACUUCGGCGUGGACGACAAGCUGGGCCCGGUGGCCGUGAGCAUCCGGCGGGAGAAGCUGGAGGAGCACAAGGAGCACGGCCCCCAGUACCAGCACCGCCUCAUCUUCCGCACCAGCCAGCUGGUCACGCUCCGCGGGUCCAUCCUGGAGGACGCCACUCCCACCACCAGCAAGCCCGGCACGGUGCGGGGUCUCCCGCUGCGGGACACCCUGGAAUACGUCCUUCCCGAGCUCAACAUCCACUGCCUGCGCCUGGCCCUGAGCACCCCCAAAGUCACCGAGCAGCUCCUCAAGCUGGACGAGCAGGGGCUGUGCCGGCGGCACAAGGUGGGAAUUCUGUACUGCAAGGCCGGGCAGAGCUCGGAGGAGGAGAUGUACAACAACGAGGAGGCCGGGCCGGCCCUGGAGGAGUUCCUGGCGCUCCUGGGGGAGAAGGUUUCCCUCAAGUCCUUCAGCAAGUACGCGGCGCAGUUGGACACCAAGACCGACUCCACGGGCACCCACUCGCUCUACACCACGUACCAGGACUAUGAGAUCAUGUUCCACGUGUCCACCAUGCUGCCCUACACCCCCAACAACCGCCAGCAGCUGCUCCGGAAGAGACACAUCGGCAACGACAUCGUCACCAUCAUCUUCCAGGAGCCCGGAGCGCUGCCCUUCACCCCCCAGAACAUCCGCUCCCACUUCCAGCACGUCUUCAUCAUCGUCAGGGCCCACCACCCCUGCACCGAGAACGUCUCCUACAG